AUGAGACAUAAAUCAAAUGGACAAAAAAUAUUUAUUGAUGCAUCAAACCUUUUGUUAGAUGACGAAACUAGCUUUUCAUUUCGACCACGAUUUUCAAAGCACAAGAAUUUCUAUACCAAAAAACCACUCUUUGAAUAUCAUUAUGUGACUCCAACUCAGAAGCAUGCAAAAGAAAUCCUUGAUAAAAUAUGCCAUGUGAACAAAAAGGCUUUGAUUACCGAGAGACCAGAAUCCUCCUUUCAAAAAAGAAAAGAAUUUUCAGUCGACCAAUGUUUAACUACAAGAGGAUCAAUGCAAAGAAAAUAGAUCAGGAUCAAAUCAAUAAACAGAUCGAAUAUAUAAAACAAAUUAUUAGAUUAAGAUUGGUUGGCAUUUGUGUUAGAUUGA